UGGUGUGAAAUUCACAGCAGCAGAUAGCAAAGAAGCUCUGGACAUCGCGCAGCACUCAGAAGAGAAGGGAAUCCCUUUUUAUUUACAUUCUCUCAAAGCACGUCGACUGCCUUCUCGGACUUACAUACGCAACAUUUGCAGCGUGAAGAAGGACACUGUUGUGGUAUAUCAUCCGUGGUGCACAAAAUAGGUUGACUUCAUAUUUGGACUUCAGUCUUGUAAACAUGCUUAACAACAUGGAUUUGAACUCUCAAGACUCAUACUACCUCCAUUUCGAAAACUCCUCUCUUGGAAGGGAAGCUAAUGGAGAAAAGGAUAAUCAGGAUAUGUUUGGAGAUGCUGACAGCGCAGCACCUGCUCCUUUCGCAACUGGAGGGACACUUGUUACCCCCAAAACGGAACCUACAAAUUCAGAUUUUCUUUAUAACCCUUGUGACGGCGCAAAAGGUGGCUACGCUUCCUCCCUUGCCUACUCUGGCAGCUUCUAUGUUGAGACAUCUCAGGGCGCAUCGUGCAGCACGGAGACUCUCCUCAACAUGAUCACCGAGAUUGUCGGUAUUUCAACUACGCCUUUAACUGAGGUGCAGCUGCAAAGCGGGACUGGGACGUCGUACACCACCAGCCCACCUUCGAUGGAGAACACAAGCGGCGGUUUUAGCGACGCAGGGGUCCAGAGGCAAGCGCCCGCUUGCACCACUACCCCGCCCCUUUUCUCCCCGGGGAAUAUGUGUCAAACGUUCUCCGACGCGCAGACCAGCACACAAGCUCCUGAGGCAACCUCCACUCAGUUAAACUUUUCCCUUCCCACACCAGUUGUGAGUCAAAAGCCAUCCGAACCUCAGUCUGAAACAGCUUCGUUCCCAGUGGUUGUGAAGAACGAAUUCGAAAGCAGUUGCUAUGAGUGGGGCGCCUUUAAUAAAACUGACACCUACUUGGACGCGGGGUUUCAGUCGGAGACAUUUCCGAUGUCUAGUGAUUUCCCACCUGAUCAAGUCGAUGUGAAGGAACUUCUGGACACGUUCUCCCCUAUUUGCCCAAACCCAGACAUGGAGUUCAAAGUAGAGAGUGUAAUUAAGCAGGAGCAGUGUUUCACGGAUACAUGCUCACAAAGUUUCAGCACCCCACUUUUUAGUUACCCCUCCCCAGCUAUUGAUCUCUCAACCAAUAAUCUUCUGAAACCGACUAUAUUUCCAAAUAUUGAGCUGCAGCCCCUGUCGAGUCAGUGCGACACUUCAUACACAUCUUCCACUAUUGACUCUAUUUUGUAUUCCUCGUUGCUGCCUGAGUCUUUUAAUCAGACCUACACCCGCCCGCAAAAGGCCCCCCGUAUGAAGAAAACUCCUGGUUCCUCCACUGGCCCAGCCAAAGAAAAGCCUUUCACUUGCCCUAUGGAAAACUGUGAUCGACGCUUCUCCAGGUCUGAUGAGCUCAACAGGCACAUUCGCAUCCACACUGGACACAAACCCUUUCAGUGCCGCAUCUGUUUACGCAGCUUUAGUCGAAGCGAUCACCUGACAACCCACACCCGGACUCACACGGGAGAGAAGCCAUUCUCCUGCGACGUAUGCGGCAAACGAUUUGCCAGGAGCGACGAGAGGAAACGCCAUGGACGUGUUCAUCUUAAACAGAAAGAGAAGAUGGAACUGAAGCCUCAAGUGAUUAGCGCAUGGCCAUUUACUCUACCCGAAGGCAUUUGAGGUGCUCAUUAAAAUGCGCUUUAAAUUGGCUUUAUGUCAAAUCUUUCCGUCUUGGAAGAUUCAGCCCGUGUAAACAGCUGGUCACUGAUCGAUGUCUGUGCGGUGUGGCAUGGUUCCAAGAGACCCGGCUUUAGUGUCUAAGGCCUGAAAGAAGUCAGAAAAGACAGAAUGAAACAGUAUGCUUUAAAUGCGACUGACUUUAGGGGAAGUGCCUGUUCGACCCCUACUUACAAAGUGCUGCUGAACCCCUAUGCAACAAAUGCAUAAAUUGAUUGUAAAAGACUUCCAAGUGUCCAUGCAGACAACCCGGUAUUCCAAACGAUUUCACCAGUUUGCAAGGGAACGCAGCAGCAGAACAGAACAUUGAGUGGUCUAGUACUUUCAGUGCUGGACAGCUCCAAACACUACACAAAAGCCUAAAGCGGUACUACACCGAAGAGCUGGAAUGUAUUGCACUUACAGUAACUACACUGAGAUGUCCACUUUCAAAUUGAGAGUCUUUUAUGCUUCUGAGGCUUUUAUAUACCAUCGCUGCCAGCAGUUAUGCUUCUUUGAAAUGCAUGUUUAUAUGUUCAGUAUUAUUGAUUAAGAAACGAUCACAACGUGGUCCCUACAGGAGGCGGAGGAAAUGAUACUGACCUCCUUUUAUAACAUGAAUGUAAGAUAUGUUGGCGUGACUACAAAGCUAUUCAUUUGUGCCAAGGUUUCCAGAUUUAUUUUGUUUGUUUUCUGUUCAAAUGCUUUUUAAUAGUUAUUGUGUUGUUCUUAAUAAUGGCAAAAUAAUUAAUUGUGUAGGACGUACGUGGAUAAUACGUGGAUAAAAUAAAUAUAUUUGUAUGACUAUAUUUAAUUUGUAUUUUUAUAAAUGUGUAUCUAUAUUUCCACAACAACUGUUCUUGUUGAUUUUUUAAAGAUAUACUGAAUUUCUAAACUUACUCACGAUGUUCUCGUGUGAAAGGUUUUUUGCGAGGCCUCAGGAAAGUGGUUAAUCUAUUUAACUACAAUUCCAGAAAAUAGCUGAUGUCCCUGCUGUAUAAUACCAGACCUGUGACUGGUUUCAAACAUUUUCUGUCAAAAAAGGAGUUGGAAAGUAUCCGGUAUGAACAGAGACUAACAUGACAUCAUUUAAGAAUUGAACAUGUUGAAUCACAAUAUAUGUAUAUAUUUUGAAUUACAAUAAGUUGUAGUUUGUGACAACUGGCUGUCCAAGCCAGAACAUUUGCAGUUGAGUAACCAGGUAGCACACAUUGCUGCGAUUUCCUGUACCUCUUUUAUAGAUGACACAUGACCUAUUUGAAAAGGCAUCCUGACUAAACUGAAAUGUGCUUCAACAUAAUGGAAUGUCUUUAAUUGAGAUUGUCAAGAACAAUCAGGGUAAAACAAAGAUAAUGUGAACAUGCCUUAAGUUAUAUUAACUGCUCGGACAUUUUGUAUAUAUUCACACUGUUUAUACAGAAUACUUUGAAUGAGCAUUUGAUGUUGUUAUUUUUAUGACAAAUGUUUAUGAAUAAAACCUUUUGUUUUCUUGAA